AUGCAAGUAGUGUCCCCGGACCGCGAAGUCUGUAUAGCCACACGUGACCUCAUCCCAAUUGAGUCCAAGCAAACACCUCCACGUCCAACAUUAACACAACAAUUUUUCAAUCUUUUAGCCAUGGAAAGCCCCCACGAGCAUCAGCAGACUGUGCUGCUCUCCCGCAUCAUCACCAACGUUGAGAAGCUUAAUGAGGCCAUUAUGGUCAUGAACAAGGGUCUCCAGGAAGUCAACAUCCAGAACAUGAAUGUUGAGCUAGUCGCCCAGAUGUUCAAGAAUUAUCAGUCGAAUGUUCUCUUCCACCUUGAAGCCACAGAGAACCUCCAAGACCCAUCCUAA